AUGAGACUGAUUUUUUGGACCUGCCUGCUAUUCCUCGGGUCCUGUCAAGGAUAUGUCCGCUUCACCAACCUAAAAUGCGAGAGCUUGGACGAGGAGUUCAUACUCUUUCCCACCUGCCGUCUAAAUGUCGUCGGAAGGGGCAUCAUAGCUGCCAAUGUCUAUGCGAAGCUUCUGAAACUGCCCAUAACCAGAAUGGUGAUGAGAUUCAACAUGUAUCGCAAGUUGAAUGGCUAUCAUCCGUUUCUGUUCAAUGUAUCCCAUGAAAUAUGCCACUUUAUGAAGUAUCCGAAUCGCAAGCAGGUCUUCUACUAUUUUCAUAGGGCAUUUAUGUCUUCCUCCAACCUGGAUCACACCUGUCCCUAUAAUCAUGAUGUUAUUGUGAGGAACUGCUCUUUGGAGGAUAAGAUGUUUAAAAUGGUUCCGUUGCCCCAAGGAAGUUAUAAACUGACUCUCGAAAUGGACAAUGGAGCUUUCAAAUGGGUUGCCAUUGUCACCAUGUAUCUGGAUAUUAAUGUGGAUAAAGAGGAUUGA